UUUUGUUCCCCCAAAAAAAACUUUCCAGUUGAUAUAAAGAAACAUUUCAGCCACUGUGUUACCAAAAACCCCUAAAACCAAGUCAAUUACACCAAAAAACACACACAUGUUGAAAAUCGACAGAAAAAAUAUCAAGCCAUAUCAAAGCACUGAUCAAAGUAGAUGUUUGCAGUCGUAGAAAAAGUAACGAGACCGGGUGAUGAGUGCCAGUGAGACAGUUCCUAUCCUGAUAAAUACCUCGUCGGAAAUCGAAGCUCAGGGUGCCCGAUCCGUAAGUUGUAGCGACGCAGAAGACGUUCCACUGGUGCCAGAGGUUGCCUUCGAAUCAGCUUUGGAUUCCCCGGGGAUCAACAGAGAAUCACAGCCUCUCUUAGGGGGGCUGGAUGUCUCUUAUAACCAGUUUCCUGAUGAUCCAGCUUUCAGUGAUUUGGUUUGGCAGGCUGAAGUUGCUAUUGAUCAUGGGAUCUUUCCAGAAAGGAUAUCUCAGGGUUCCAGUGGGUCAUACUUUGUUAAAAACCAAUCUGGGAAAAUAAUUGCUGUGUUCAAACCCAAAGAUGAAGAACCUUAUGGCAGGCUGAAUCCAAAAUGGACAAAAUGGAUGCACAAGUUGUGCUGUCCUUGUUGUUUUGGCAGGUCUUGUUUGAUACCCAACCAAGGUUACCUGUCAGAGGCUGCAGCCUAUCUAGUGGAUCAUAAACUGAGUCUCAACAUUGUGCCCAAAACCAGAGUGGUUAAGUUAGUAUCAGAAACUUUCAACUAUUUUAGGAUAGACAGGCAGAAAGCUAGAGUGAAAAGAGCUAUCAUGGAACAAUUUCCUAAUGUUGGUUUAAGAUUCAAUAGGAUAGGACUACCACCUAAGAAAGGUUCAUUCCAGUUGUUUGUGGAUGGUUACAAAGAUGCAGAUUAUUGGCUGAGGAGGUUUGAAGGAGACCCUCUGCCACCUGAUCUAGCCAAAAAAUUCCAAUUGCAAUUUGAACGUCUUGUCAUUCUAGAUUAUAUAAUUAGAAACACCGAUCGCGGUAACGACAACUGGCUGAUCAAGUACGACCCGCCGGCGGUAGCGAACGGCAAGUCGGCCCCCCUGGUGCCCCCCCUGUCGGACCCCGCUGCCCCUGAGGUCGCCGCCAUCGACAACGGGCUGGCCUUCCCCUACAAGCACCCCGACAGUUGGCGCGCCUACCCCUACCAUUGGGCGUGGCUGCCGCAGGCCAAGGUGCCUUUCAGCGAGGAAGCCAAGGAGCUGGUGCUGCCCCAGCUGACCGACAUGAAUUUCGUGCAGGAUCUCUGUGAUGAUUUAUAUUUACUGUUUAAGCAAGAUAAGGGUUUUGAUAGGAAUUAUUAUGAACGUCAAAUGUCAGUGAUGCGGGGCCAAAUAUUGAAUUUAACUCAGGCUCUGAAGGAUAGCAAAUCACCUGUGCAGCUUGUUCAAAUGCCUGCAGUGGUUGUCGAAAAGUCCCAAAGUCAACAUACAUCUAGGUUUUUCAAUUUUACACAACGCUUCCAAGACAAAAGUCCCUUCUUUUCCUGGUGUUGAAACUUUUUUUUCAGGAAUAAGAAAUCUAUUUUAUCUAAACCACUGUCCAAGGAUAUGCAUUGGACAGUUGUUUAACUUCUUUUAUCUUUUUUCUCAUUAGGUACAUUUACAUUAUUUCAAUUCAUUCUAAUUAUGUUAAGUAAUCUUAUUGUAUAUUUGCAAAAAAAACACUAUUAAACUAUGUAUUUAUUUAAAUAAAGUUAUUUUCAAAUUGUUACUACAACUUGGUUCAAUUCUAAUCUGUCCUGACUCUUGCUGCUCUUGGAUCAUCGUGCCUGACGACUGUAUAAACGUCUCUGUAUCUUCUGUUGUCCCCAUCUUUGGCAUAGUAGGAGUACACGGAAGCUGUUAAGAUUCCAAUGCCAAAAACUGCAAAGAAGCUACUUCCUACGACUUCGGGUAUCUCAUUCCAUCCCCUUUUGAACAGACCUAUCAAUCCGCGACUGGGUGCUGCAGACAUUCUAAAUUAUCGGAUUAGCUCCAAAAAGAGCUAUUUUUUGCAAAAUUCCAAAAUACUUGUAACCUAACCUAUUUCGAAGAUUAUGUAAGUUGACAGUCCUCUUCUUAUUUUUGGUCUCUUGCCUACAGAUACAUACGCAUUUUGUUUUUAAAUGAGACAUUUGAACUACU